UUUUGCGUCAUUACGUUGUUUAAGACGUCACACGCCGAGUCGAGCCACUCUUAUUGCUGCAGUUGAGCACCGAAGCCGGAGUUUCUCCAAAAUGAGCAGCUCAGAGGAAGUGUCGUGGAUCUCUUGGUUUUGCGGUCUACGCGGGAACGAGUUCUUCUGCGAGGUGGACGAAGAUUAUAUCCAGGACAAAUUCAAUCUCACCGGACUGAACGAGCAGGUUCCUCAUUACAGACAAGCUCUGGAUAUGAUCUUGGAUCUGGAGCCAGUAGGCACUUUCUCUCGCUGUGUUCUGGCAGAUGAGGAGCUGGAAGACAACCCGAAUCAGAGUGACCUGAUCGAGCAGGCGGCCGAGAUGCUGUACGGCCUGAUACACGCGCGCUACAUCCUCACCAACCGUGGCAUUGCUCAGAUGUUGGAGAAAUAUCAGCAGGGGGAUUUUGGAUACUGUCCUCGGGUUUACUGCGAAAACCAGCCGAUGCUGCCGAUUGGGCUGUCUGAUAUCCCGGGCGAGGCGAUGGUCAAGCUCUACUGUCCAAAAUGUAUGGAUGUGUACACGCCAAAGUCGUCCCGGCACCAUCACACUGAUGGAGCUUAUUUUGGAACCGGGUUCCCCCACAUGCUCUUUAUGGUGCACCCUGAGUACCGGCCAAAAAGGCCUGCCAAUCAGUUCGUACCCAGGCUGUACGGCUUCAAGAUCCACCCGAUGGCAUACCAGCUGCAGCUGCAGGCAGCGUCCAGCUUCAAGAGCCCCGUCAAGGCCAUCCGCUAAAUCGUUUGAAAAGAAGGGAAGGGAGGGUCGAUGAGGCGAGGAGAGAAUCUGCGUCUGUCUGUACACCGCCUCGCUCAUCACAGAGAGACCGCUUUGUUUUAUCUUGGGUUUGUUUAAGUAUCAAGAGAGUGGGAACACACACACACACACACACACACACACUUUGGAUAAUCUAUAAACAUGUUCUUCUCUCUCACACACAUGCACAGAGGAUAGGGAUGCCAUGCUGUCAUUGGUGUUUUCCUUGUUUAAAAAAAAAAACCCUCCCUUCUUUAUAGUAUCAGCUGAAGUUAUAUGAUAUGAUGGAUAAUAUUGUGUGGUCAUGUGAUCACAAAGGCAGUGACGCUUCCCAGACUGGAAUAGUUUCUGCCCUACACACCUCAUGCAUGUGUUUCCUUCUCACACCCCCUUCUAUGACAGGUAGAGACUGUUGGAGGAAAAAAAAAGACAGGAUUCAGAAACACUAGAUUAGUUUUCCUAUACGCAAAACUCCUAGAAAAUACGAAUCUAUUGGGCAAAUUUUUUCACAAAAUGUUCAUCUUUGCUGCUUUUUUUUUUUUUUUUACACCGAGAUCCAACAGUCUCUGCCUAGGACGUUAGCGUAGGACGUUCCCCUCAGGCGUCCUCCUGCUCCGCUCGAUCCUGCCAGCGUUCCUCCCGUCAUUAUUUAUUCGAUCGGCCGCAUUUUCGCAAAUGUGUUUUAGUUUCCCUUCCUGUUCUUAACUGUGCAUCUCUGGUUUCAUAGAACAGCAUGUGAUUGCAGGAUAAAGAUUAACUGAAUGCAAUGAUUCUAUAGUUAGUAGUUUGUGUUUUUCUUGUUUCCUUUGAUUUAUUUUUUUCCCCCUUUAGAGCUGUUGAGGAACCAGGGUUCAGAAUUCAAAUAAACUUUUUUUUUUCCUAUAAA